CUCAUGGGAAACGGGUCUAGCUCGGAGACGAAACCUCGCGGCAGUUCCGCCGCCGCGCCUGCACGGCCCUCGGUCCAAGCGCAGUCGUCCUUCCAGCGCAUCGCCAACAACUACUCCAACCUUCGUGAUCUGAAGCAAGACUUGCGUCGCAGAGGAUUGGAGAGCUGCAACCUCAUCCUUGGCAUCGAUUUCACAAAGUCGAACGAAUGGACGGGCAAACGUACGUUCCGCGGGCAAUGCCUCCACGACGUGAGUUCCAUGCGACCGAACCUGUACGAGGAAGUCAUGGACAUCGUUGGGCGCACGCUAUCCGACUUUGAUGACGACAACAUCAUCCCCGUCUUUGGUUUCGGCGACCAAGUGACUGGCGACCACUCGGUGUUUUCGUUCAUGCCACUCCAGAACUCGGGCCAACCGACCAUUCCUGGGUAUGCGCUGCAAGGAGUCCGCCCUCGGUACCGCGAGAUCGCUCCGCACGUGUGCAUGGCGGGGCCGACGUCAUUCGCGCCGAUCAUCCUGCAGGCCGUGAACACUGUCAUCGCGAACCGGUAUGCGUACCACAUCCUCGUGAUCAUCGCGGACGGCCAGGUCACGCGCUCCGUGGACGUCCCCGACGGCCAGUUCGGCAAGCAGGAGCUGGACACGAUGAACGCCAUCUGCUACGCGAGCAACUUUCCCCUCAGCAUCGUGCUCGUGGGCGUCGGCGACGGGCCGUGGGACACCAUGGCGCAGUUCGACGACGCCUUGCCGCAGCGCCGGUUUGACAAUUUCCAAUUUGUCGAAUUCAAUCAAGUCACCCGAGACGUGACGCAGCGAGAAACCCAGUUCGCCCUGCAUGCCCUGAUGGAAAUCCCCGACCAGUACCAAGCCGUUCGCCGCCUCCAGCUGAUGCAGGCGCCGCCGCGGCCGCUGCCGCCGCCGUUCACACCCAUGGUGCUACCGCCCCCUGAAGUCCAGCGGAUGCCGCUUCCCGGCGCUCUGAAUUAUGCGCCUGCCAACUACAAUCCGAUCCAUUCUACACCCAUGUAUUAUCCUGGGGGGGGUGGCGCCGCGAUAGUUCAACCCCACCAGCCACAGUUUCCAGCCAAGAAGGAGAUUCCUGUGUAUGCUCCGCCAGCCAUUCCCGUCGCGGCCCCCGUUGCAGAGGAGAUGGUCAACUGCUCCCAAUGCACGUACAUGAACCGCGCGUCGUCGGCGACUUGCGACGUGUGCGGGGGGUCGUUGGGCUUGCCUAGUAGUAGUAGUAGUAGUACUCCGUCGGCCCCCGUGACUAGUAGUACUACUAACCCGGCCGACCAGGCGUUGAUGACGCGCAUGCGGGAAAUGCAUGAGGCCCAGCUAUGCUUUAUAUGCGAAGACCGCAAGAAGGACACGGUGUUCCAGUGCGGCCAUGAAACAUGCGCCACGUGCAGCAGUGCGCUGUCGGACUGCCCCGUCUGCCGCGUGCCGAUUCAGACGAGAAUCCAUCGCUAUGGAGUCUAACCAGCUUAUUUUCGAAUCAUAUCAUGGACAUUCGUAGUUUAUGAUAUUAAUACUAUUAAUAGUAGUCGUUUUAUGCAGCUGACA